AGACACAGCACGGACUCUGAAGGAAGCAUUGGACUAGUAGAGUUUGGAUUAACUGAUAUUAUUUUUUAAAGUUAAUUUUACAGCAUCUGGACCUGUUUUAAGGAUUAAAAAUUUUCGCCAUUCCCUGCUACAUGGCGACCUUCGCCCGCAGCGCACCCGUGCCGGAGAGCAGCGCACUUGUUGGGGGUACGCAGUUUCAGGAGCUCGUGCAGAGGAGCCGCAGCUUGAUAGAAAAGAUCCUACUCGCCAUUCCCGACACGCACAAAUCCUGCAUUCACACAGAGACGCUACAACUCAAUUCUCCAGAAAAUUCUAAGCUUGCGACGAUGGCACUCACCAUUGGUAUCCGUUCUGCUCCUGUGCUCAGAGCUGUGUCAAAAAACUUCACUUUGGAGACUGGUUUGAAACACAUGUCUGAGGGUCUUCAGCUGCACCGGGCCUUACUGAGCUCCGUCUCACCUCGGCUGGAAAAUAAAGACAAAGUGACUGACCUACUGGCUGACAUCAAAGACCUUGGCAUCCAGGUCAAUAAGAUGCUGAAAAUGGCCCAAGAAGAGGCUGUGGUGCAGCCCUCACCAACUCCCAUGGCCUUACAUCUACCAGGGGACUAUGAGGUUCAGGUGGCAGCUCACCUGACUCUGGUGCAGCUCCAGUCCUUUGGGCAGGACACCGCCCGCUGCCUCAGGAGUCUGGACCAGAGCAUUGAUGACGAGACAGAGAGUUGACCAAUAGGUGUCAUAUUAUAAAUGCUUUUGGUAAAUGUCCAAAACAUAACGUUUAUGCCAUUUUUAUCAUGGUGUUAAAUUAU